UAAUACAAAACUUAAGAAUGUGACCUGUCCUUUAUUUCUUUGCAGAGGUCUGUGCAACUUUAAACAAACAAAAAAGCACUUGAGGAAGAGGAAUUAUUAUGCUCCAAAGAGGUCAUAAUUGACAAUUCCAAGACAAAAGCCAAGAAUCAUGGAUAGACACUGAAAGAAUAGUAGUGUAGUUAAUGAUAAAAAGGAUUUUUUCUAAUUAUUUUUUUGUAAAACUGUUUUCUGAAAAUCAUGGAAAAUCAAGGUGAUUUGAGGUACCUAUUUUGACUUAAUAUCCUCCAACACCACUAAGGAAUUUGCUGUAUGGCAAUGGGCAAAAGUAUGAUAAAAAUCCAGCCCAGUAUUAUGGUAGUUUAAUGGAUUAAUGAUAGAGCUCAGCAAUCACUUUUAGGAAAAAAUUGUGGAUUUAUCCUCUGGAAGAAUAAAAUGUGGCUUAAUGGAGUCGUGUGCGUCAGCUCAUCAAUAGCAGUGUAACGGAGCAGAGGAUCCAGGAUCCAACAACUGACCAAUAAGGACCAUGUAAAGAAGGAUCAAGGAAACUGUAAAUGCACUUAGCAUCCUCAGUAAUGCUUAUGAAAGAAAAAAAAAAAAAAGGAAAAAGGAAAAAAAAUAGAAAAGUAAAAAGGUAGCAAAAAUAUCUAAACAAGCAACAGCAGUUGUGAAGCAGCAAAUAAUACAUCAAUGAAUUUGGAUCACCUGGUGGUUCACACAAUGUGCAUUAUGCCUCAUCAAAGGCAGGAAUUGCUCUCCCCAACAAAGCGACCUCGUAGCAGACCUGUGGGUUCUGUUACUUGUAGAGCACAGCCAUUAUUUUGGGAGCCAAGAGGGGCAAACAGUGCCCAGCCUGAUGAAUAAGCAAGGAGAACAAAAAUUGUGUGAGAAGGGAGAAAUUUUUUUAGCUCUGUGUGUGACUGUGUGUUGGGAUCAGCCUUGCUACAAAAACAUAUGAUUGGGAAAAAUGAUUGAAUAGUCUGGAAAAGAUUCAGAUAAUUGCAACAUGGAAAGGACAGUUUUAAUGGGCUUACUGUUAAAUGAUGUUUAAAAGAAGGCUUAAAAGAGCCUUGAUGAUGGUUUGUAUACAAAACAAGUGAAAAAUAUAUUUUUGAAAGAGAAGGACCCAGAAGCCUAUUGUAGAAGGAUAUUCCAUUGGUAAAAAAGGACAACAAACAAACACAAGAAAGGGACAGUGAUUAAUUUAUAGUAUUUAACUACUAGGAAGUAUAAAAAUGUUGAAAAUAUAGAAAUGUUACCAUUCUUUCACAAAUACACGUAUUCAGAAUAUUUCUGCAGACUUCUGAAAUGCUGAUUGGAGUGUAAAUAAUAAAUGUGUGUCAUUAAGAAUGUCCAACCUGCUCUUAGCUCUGCAAAGACACACAUGAGCCGUUUGGCAAGGUGAUACCACAAUAUGAACUGGAGUAAGGGUUUCAAAUGUGGGGUUUGUUACGUAGUUUUUGAAAAAAGGAAGCCAGAAUUGUAAGCCCUUGUAAACAGCUGUUGGAAGUCUUUCAUAGCCCUAAAAUGAGUUAGAAGUUCCUCUGACCUUCCUGAGAUUUGAUCUUUGAAAUAUACAUCAUUUUAAAACCAGGGCAUGGGACUUCUACUCACUCAUAAAUUAUUCCAAAGUACUCUACUUAGGCUCUGUUUUACAGUUCCAAAAUACCAAAUCUAUUUGAGUCAGACAUAAUUUGCCCUGUAUGACUUCUGUUCUGAAGUUGAGGAGAUUCUUACAGAAAGGUUUUUAGUGCAGUCAACCAAAAAGAAACAUAAUUGGCUUGUAAAUAACCACUUUUUUUACGAACUAUAGUGUGACGUGACCAGGUUGCCCCCCCAUCACAUGCAGCAGAAUUUGAAGUACACGAUGCACAUGUCAGGUUUUAGCUGUAGCAUCUCGCAGUUCACCUCAUUUACUAGAUUUUCAAGUGCAAUUUUGUGUUCCUCUAUUACAGCUGAUAACUAUAGUUCUUAAUAAGAAAAAAAAAAAAACAAACAGAAGAAACUAAGAAAUAUAGAAUUGAAAAAUAAGAAUAUAUGAGCUAUAUGAAUGCUAGCAUCGCUCAGCAUCCACUGAAGUCAAUAACACUUUCAGUGGGAGCAAUCUGAGGCCAGCACUUAGUGCUUUCAAAAGCUUUCUUCUCAACUAUAUGUCUAUUCCUGUCUUUCCUUUUUUUUUUUUUUUUUUUUUAAUUAACCAUAUUUAACCAUGUCCUACGCAGGUUGCUUUUUUUUUUUUUUUCCCUCUGAAAAGUCAAUACAGUAAAGGUACAGAGAAAAUUGCACUGCAUACUAAAAUGUAUUUCAUAGUGUUUACCUUAGCAUGACAGCUAGGAUUUUUAGGCUUAGCCAAAAAAAGAAAAGGCAUGAGAGCAGUAGCCCUGUUUUUUACAACUAUCAAUAGUAUGGAAUAAACUCCAUAAAAAUACUUUUUAAGCUACUAGAAAAUAACCUUAAUAUGUAACUUCUCCUACAAGAGACCAUUCAUUUAACUGAGAUGUUUUGACAUAUUUUAUGCAAAUGGUGGGGUAUUUUUCUCUAUUUGUAAUCAAAUCUCAUGUUCACAACAGACACGUAAGUAAUCACAAAAAAAUUGCAGGCUAUUUUUUGAGGGGUAUGAAUGCAAUAGUGUGUUCCUUUAUUACGUGGGAAUAUCCUUCUUACCACUACCAGUUCCCAAACCCAAAAAACCACUCCAAAGCUCCCAACACAUAAACAAAGCAGCUAAAAUAAUGUUAAUUGAACUAACAGUCAUAAAAUUAACUACUUGGGGAAACAGAUUGUGUGGAUUCCACUCCCAUACUCUAGUAUGUCCAGUACAUUUAAAAGCAGGACUCAUCUGAGUAUUUAAGAAGUUAAAAAAUAAGAAUGAAUAAAUCAACACUUUUUAUUUAGUUUAAGUACCAGGACAAGACAAAGAAGCAAUUUCCACUGCUGGUUGUUUCACUAAAAAUUCUUUUCCUAGAAACUAAAACAAUAACUUAAUCAAACCAACAUUUAAAUAAUUUUGAGGGGUUUCUCUUGGUGAAUGAGAGAAAGAAUACACAGCAAAAAAAAAAAAAAAAAAUUACUGUGGGACAUGCACGAAACCCCAACAAGGGUUUCUAGAAAUUUAGAGUUUUCCUUGAAGUUAAGUCAUAAAAUGUGAAAUCAAUGAAGAAUUGUUAUGUACUGGUCAUGUACUGAAUUCACCAACUUGACAAAAGCUUCAUUGCAUCACAGAAUACACGUGGGACCUCAGCUAAGACCAGGUACUCUACAAUGUUUCCAUUACCUUAGGAAUAUUUGGUUACAGGAAAAGACCAUAGCACAACACACCUGAGAUUGGCCUCCAUCUAAUUGGAUCUGAUUGGAGAGAGUAGAAAGUGAAAAGCAGCAAAACAACUGCACCAGUGAAAGCGAUGUUGGCUGCCCAUAGGGACAACUACAGCAGGAUCCCAUUAAUGGAAAUACUUUCAGAAAUUACUUACUUUAAAAAAAUUAGGUUUUCAGUUACCUUUCUGAUAACACCUUUCUAAUUCUGUAAAAAAAAAAAAAAAAACCAAACAAAAAAAAAAAAACCACAAAAAACAACACCAAACAAAAAACCCACAAAAACAAAAACAAACAAACAAAACCACCCCCACAUUAUUAUCAAAAUAUGUAUAUAUUUAUUUAUAUGUAUUUAUUUAUUCACCCUGCUUUUUCCAGGCACCAAACAGUAACAUAAUUCAAGGUACUUUGAGCUAUUUCAUAGCUUUAAAUGGCUGAAAUAUGCUGAGUUUAGACGAACAGCGAACCGAUUUUUCUGAUGGUUGCAGCUCAUGUGUUACUAAAACCACAGUUAAUUCUGUUUUUUUAUUUAGAAGGCUGUGUUUUGAGGCAUUCUCUCACCAUCUCCAGGGAGUUGGCCAGUCACACUAUGGGAAUACGAAGACAUUCAGGUGCUAAUUUAUCACUCCUUCAUGCUUCCAGAGAAUGUUCCAGUUCUGAGCUACUUGACAUCAAACCAUUUAUUCCAUACCAGUCCUACCUCUGCCCCCUCUCUACUGCUGAUUUCCAGCAGAAGAAUCCCAAUUGUUCCCCUAACACAGAUAACUUCGUAACAGGUGAGCAUCUCCUUGCAGUUCUACCCUUCAUAGUUAAGAAAAUGUUAUGACUUGAAUCAAAAUACACUUUGGUGGAUGUGGUGCAGUCUCUGGAGGCUGAUGAGUUGGAAAGAUCCAUGGAAACGCUCAUGGAAAUGUCAUUUAUAGUUGUUCAUAUGCAUGUAGUCCAUGCACAGGGGUCCAUGUGCAGCACCUCUCACCUGGAGGACUCCAGAAGCCAGGAGACAUUUUAAGAGACAACUUUAUUGCAGAAUUUCAUUGUUAUACUGUAGCAGGAACUAUGGGAGCCUAUUAAACCUAAGGUGACUGAAGGCCCACACUAAGACCUUAAAUCAUCUUGUCCGGGAGCUGCUUUACGCUGAUGAUGCCACCCUCAUUGCCCACACAGAAGGAGCUCUGCAGCAUUUAAUAUCCUGCUUUGCAGAGGCUGCUGAGCUUUUUGGACUGGAAGUCAGCUUGAAGAAGACAGAAGUUUUAUAUCAGCCUACACCUCAGGAAUUCUUCCAUCAUCCCCAUAUCACCAUUGGUGAAACAGCUUAAAUCAGUUCAGCCAUUUAAUUACCUGGGAAGCAUCAUCUCCUCAGACGGUAAGAUUGAUGCAGAAAUAGACAACAGGUUAGCAAAGGCAUACAGAGCUUUUGGUAAACUCCAUAAAACAGUGUGGCAAAACAAACACCUGAAGAAAAGUACUAAGAUCAGUGUUUAAAGAGCCAUUGUACUGUCUACUCUUUUAUAUGGAUCUGAAUGAUGGGUCAUUUACUGGCACCACUUGUGUCUCUUAAAACGCUUUCAUCAGCGCUGCCUCCGUACAAUCCUAAACAUCCACUGGACUGACUAUGUGACCAACACGUCUGUCCUUGAACAGGCAGCAGUCACGAGCAUUGAGGCCAUGCUGCUGAGAACACAGCUGCGCUGGGCAGGGCACGUCUCCAGGAUGCAGGACUACCGCCUCCCUAAGAUCGUGCUCUAUGGGGAACUUGCCACUGGCUGCCGCAAGAGAGGAGCCCCGAAGAGGAGAUCCAAGGACUGCCUGAAACAAUCCCUCAGCCUUGGCCAUAUUGAUCACCACCAUUGGUCUACCCUGGCCUCCAAUCGGGAGGCCUGGAGACACACCAUCUAUAACGCUGCUGCUGCUUUUGAGAACACACGCAGGAUCACUCUCGAGGAGAAAAGACAACACAGAAAGAAUCGCGUCUCGUCUGUAUCACCUGGGGAGUCUUUCUGCUGUGCCUUCUGCAACCGGACUUGUCUAUCUCGCAUUGACCUUUUUAGCCAUCAGUGCGCUUGUAGCAAGUGUGGGAAGAGCCAUUCUCAAAUCUUCGUUCGCGGAGCCUAGCCAUGACUGUAGCAGGAACACCUAGCCAGGAUGUACUUUCCCCCAAAGCUCUCUUAUGUGCCAAAAUCCUCAGCUGUCAAAAUCUAAAGUUUUUAAUCUUAAACCUGGCACAAUUUUAUUAUUUAUGUGUUAUUGACACAAACUUCUGCACCAUCUCACACUUGGGAGCCUUAAGCGAAGUGGACUCAGUUUAGUCUAAAAAUAAAUUUAUAAAAUGAGUUAAUAACAAAAAAUAUCUACAAAACAAAAUCACAUCAUAAGUGAUGGGGUAAUACUAUAGUAGUCAAAAAAAAGUAAUCCAUUUUCCAACUGCAACUGAUCCUAUGGAAUCCAGAUAUCUGAAUACCUUUUAUGCCUAAACCUCAGUGCAUUUUCUGUGGUCUUAAUCAUGAGUUCCAGAACAUUUUUACUCUCAGGUAGCCACAAUUCAACCUCAAACUCAAAUCACAUAAUAGUGCCAUGUAGUGGCACCCACUGGCCACUACAUUAGAAACCAAUUUCAAGUUUGCCACAGUCUGAUAACACACAUUUUCUCCUAUUGUUUAGGCUCUUCCUCUUCUCUCUGUGUACUCCUUCACUCCCCCCCCACACCUUGUUCUCUCUUCUGCCAAAAAGUGAAAGAGGAAGGGGGGAGAAUAGAAGGUAGGACUGUUUCAUUUAAUCAUCACAUGUCAGGAAAAGAAGCAACAUCUUCUUCUUAUGAAAAAUAUAGUUAUUCUUUGAUUACAGACUGAAAUCUCAUAACUUUUGUGCCAUGAGGCAUGAAACUCAUCCUGUCAAAAGAAUAGAACCUUUAGUGCAGUUACUAAAUAUUUAUUUCAGUGGCAAUGUUCUGUGAAGCUUCGGCAGCUCAGAUUGAGUGCUACUCCCAGGCCUUUUCCUCUUUAUUGAUCACAUUAACACUUUUAACACUCUGCCUCUGUAAAUGGUCACCAGGGACCAUCCAUUCAAUGCCUUUGCAUUGAGCAGCAUUAUGUUUGCAUGUGUAUAAAUCAGAUAAACUGUCUUUAUCCAGCUGGGGUCACAGAGUGUUCAGCUCCUUGAAUGAACUCUCCAGGCAAAAGAAGGAUUUUUUUUUUUCCUUUCCCAGAUCAACUUUAAAAUCUUCCUAGGGCCUGCUGAAUCUCUUAUUCCAGGCUCAUCAAGAAAUUAAAGAAAGGAUGUAGAUCACAUCUCCUGGGGAAAGAAGUUGUGCUCAAUACAGCUGCUUGCCAGGAAAUACAUCCUUCUUUUAAAGGAGGUAGAUGAAAUGCUUUCAACACAAAGAAAUUUUAUGAAGCAAUGUCAUUUCACAGGCACAUGAGUAAGGACGAAAAAGUUUAAGGAAGAUUGGAAAGAUAGAUUUCCUUAGUCUGCCUUAAAGUGUAAGUUUCUCAUGGUCAGAUUUAGUAUGAGCUGUGCUGCACGAACCACAGCAAAGCCUCAACCCUGGUUCUCCCAUGUGUAUGACCUGUGUCCUGACCACCAGUGUGUAAACACUCAGAAUAAUUUUGAACAAAUGCCACCAGUAAUGUACUUGUCUGUCAAAAAUGGACUUUUGAGACAAGUUGGACCUGAUUGGAUUUUUUUAACAAGAAAAUUGGCAAGAGUCUGCACUGUGACAUCCACAUGGUUGCCUUGGAUCACCUCAGGGCCCAUGGGAUUACACUGUGCCACAGAUGAUGCAAUCACCCUAAAGAUGCUAAAAUGUGUGAAAAAUUGAGGAACUGAUUUUAUUCCAAGCAAAUUAAAAUGAACAGAGGGUACUAACAAAAGAACUAUUUCUGUAUAUUUACUAACUUAUAGGCGUACCGUGGAGACUGUAAGGUGAAGGGUCCUAUCUGGACCUCUCACCAGGGAAUCUUUUGCGGCCAGGGAACAAAUUAUGAAUAAAAAUGUAUUCCUCUGUGCCAUGUGGAUACACAGAGAGACUCUCCAUGCCUGGCAAUGUGAGGAUGAUGCAAGAGCCCCCUGUACGAGCCCAAGGGAGGUAUGUUACAACCAGCCAAAAGAUAACACCCACUUCCAAAGCAGAGAAAUUACCUUUUAAGGCAACAAGCGGACAGUAAAAUGAAUAUUCAACAACUGAUAUCAAAGGGUACAAAAAGCGCGGUUUUCAAACAGCAGUGUGCUCUUUGUUUGAUUCAAAGGUGCACCCAGUGCUGGAAAUGGGUACCCAGCACUGCAAUAAAAAUCUCUUACUAUAUUUCUUUGUCCUGCAGGUAUUUUUGCCAUCUUCAAAAUUCCAGAGAAAAAGUAACUUAUAACAAAAUGAAUGUUGGAUAGUACAGUUUAUUCUCACCACAGCAUUACAACUUCUCUUUAUGAAGGGAAUAAUUGCCACUUUAGGGACCAAAGAAGAGAGAAUUGUUUUCUUGGGUGAUAAUCUUUUGCCUUUAUUUUAGUGCUCAUAUAUUGGGUUGAAUGUAAUAAUUUUUGACACCUUAUGUGAUAAAAUAUGUUGUUGAGUAUGAUAGACCACUUUUUAUUCAUUCCUCUUGGCAAGCAAUAUUUAAAUCUAAACAACAGGGACUUAAAGUUGUGAGAGAAAUAUGCAUACAAAAUAAAUUUUAAAAGGUGUCACAAAGAUAAGCAAUAGUUUGAAACUCUGUAAAACAUUAAAUUAAGUGGUUUGUUUAGAAAUCAGAAUAGGAUUUUGUGCUCAAAAGGCUGGCCUACAGAUUGUAACAGGUUAAAGGCAUGUUAUAAAAACACAUAUUCCUAUAACAGCCAACAACCAACUCAAACCAUUUCUUUAUUUCCCUAUAAAUGUAAUUUCCCUAUAAAUGUAAUAUCAACUCUGCACAAAUGUGCUGUUGCUUUCAUGAAGACUAAAUACUUCAGGAAAUGCUUGGGAUACUGCUCUCCAAUAUGUAUGAUCAUGCCUGUCCCCUAUCAAGAUUGUUCUCCUUGAAACUUUCGAAUCAGCUUCUUAAUCAUUUUAAAGACCAUUCAUAUGGACUUAUUUGGAACAUUAAAUGCCAUUCAAAUCACUUUCAGUCAGAAAAAAGGCCAGCUGCAGUUGGGCCUGUACAGAAGAGGACUACUAGAAGGAUAAUGGGAACGUGUAAUUAUUCUUGUGGGAAUAACAAAAGUACACUUGAAGCCCAAAAACUAAAGGGAACACGAUUAAUCACUUGCAGAAAGUACAUAUAAACUGAGAACGGGAUAAGGCUUUUGCUUUCCUUUUUAAUCUGUCUUUAUCUCAACCCAAAAGUUUUCUCACUUUUAACCCUGUAAUUCUCUCCCCCAUAUGGGAGUGAGGGAGUGAUUGAGUGUUAAAUCACAACAAUCUGGUGUUAAAUCACAACAAACAGAAAAGUAAAGUAGAAAUUUAGGUACAGAUUUUUAAAAGCGCAUUUGGGAGCAAGAAACCUACACUUCAGAAACAUGGUUUGAAAAAUUCAUGUGCAGAAGUGACAGCAGUAAAUACAUUUUGCACCUUUAAAUAUAAACAUAAUACUGCUUGUAAGGUAUUCACCAUUAAAUGUUGACAUUUUAAGUUCCUGAUAACUGUCUUUAGGAUCAUGAAGCAAUUUUCUCUUUUCAAUGACAAAUUUUAGGGAUUUUUCACUACCAAGACCAUACGUAGGCUUUGGUUGUAUCUUUGGAUGUGCUGCUCUAAUUCCUCAGUUUGAGAAGCUUUUCUCCCAUUUCAGCCUUGUGCCUCAUUUAUGCACUCGGAAUUAUUCUGUUCAACAACUUUUGGAAUCGGGAAUAUCCCAAUAUUAGAUUGGGAUUCUAAUAUUGGGAAUUCUCUUCUUGCUCUGCUGUUUGUUUCCUCUCUCUCUCCUAGUGUUGCCUUGAAAUUUUUAAGGCCUUCAGACUUUAUCACUUCCUAGUUUUACAUAGUGUGUGGUUUGAGGGUGUUUGUGGCAGAAAGUUCUUUGAAAGCAUUGCAAUUUUAUUUUUUACUUUAUUACCAAUGAAUUAAUGAAUGAAGUAAUGAGGAAUGUGACUUGGUGCCUUUAUGUUAUGCCUUGGAAAAGGCCAUAUCUUAAUUUAACUUUUCUGUAGCACUAGCAUACUGGUCUUUUGGAGAUGAGCUGGAAGAUGAGGAGGAGUUUGACCGGUGGAUGGAGUCAGCAUCUGACAUCAUGGACCAGACAGCCACGAAUGUCCCUGCACCAGAUGGAUUGCUUGAGAGACUUUGAUAUGUCAUUGUAACAAGGUCAAACCUAUGGAUCCUGAAAUGAGAGCUUUGGUCUGGCAAGGAGCACAGCAAAUUGUCAAGCAUCCCAGUCCUUCACUUGGAGCAGCUUGACAAUGUGAAGAAGAUUCUUUUGGCUAUAAAGAUGAAGAGUCUACUUUUACUGGUGCUGCUUUCUGUCUGCUGGGCUGAACCUCACCCUGACAACUCCAGUCUGGAGCAUGAAAGAAUUGUUCACAUUCAAGCAGAAAACGGACCCCGUCUACUUGUCGUAGCAGAACAAGCCAAAAUCUUCUCUCACCGGGGUGGCAACAUCACACUGCCAUGUAAAUUCUACCACGAACACACAUCAACAGCUGGCUCAGGAACCCACAAAAUCCGGGUCAAGUGGACCAAACUCACCUACGAUUACCUCAAGGAACUGGAUGUUUUCGUGGCCAUGGGGCACCACAGGAAGAGCUAUGGGAGUUACCAGGGGAGGGUGUUCCUGAGGGAGAGCAGCGAGAAUGACGCCUCCCUCGUAAUCACAAACAUAAUGCUGGAGGACUACGGGAGGUACAAGUGUGAGGUGAUUGAGGGACUGGAGGAUGACACAGCAGUGGUGACUCUGAACUUGGAAGGUGUGGUGUUCCCUUACUCCCCACGCCUGGGGCGGUACAACCUGAACUUCCACGAGGCUCAGCGGGCGUGCAUGGAGCAGGACUCCGUCGUCGCCUCCUUUGACCAGCUCUACGAUGCCUGGAGGUCGGGGCUGGACUGGUGCAAUGCUGGCUGGCUCAGCGAUGGAUCUGUGCAGUACCCUAUCACCAAGCCCCGGGAGCCCUGUGGAGGGAAGAACACAGUGCCCGGGGUCAGGAAUUACGGGUUCUGGGACAAAGAAAAAAGCCGAUACGACGUUUUCUGCUUCACUUCCAACUUCAACGGCCGUUUUUACUACCUGAUCCACCCGAUCAAGCUGACGUACGACGAGGCUGUGCAGGCGUGCCUGAAGGACGGGGCCCAGAUCGCCAAGGUGGGGCAGAUUUUCGCCGCCUGGAAGCUGCUGGGGUAUGACCGGUGCGACGCGGGGUGGCUGGCAGAUGGCAGCGUGCGCUACCCCAUCUCCCGGCCCCGCAAGCGCUGCAGCCCCAGCGAGGCCGCCGUGCGCUUCGUCGGCUUCCCUGACAAGAAGCACAAGCUGUACGGGGUCUACUGCUUCAGGGCCUACAACUGAAAGAUAUAAAAACCCCUAGAGCACGGAAAAGUCUUUAAAAAAGUCAUCAGGAACGUGUUUGAAAGAUUUUAUUUUUUUUUGUAUGAACUCAUGCAAGUUUGCCAAAACUGUGAUAAACCUCUUUUACUUAUUGUGAAGAGUUGUUUUCAUAAACUCAACCCAUUAAUCUGUUUGUUUUUUCAGUUUGUUUAGUUUUUGGUUUUGGUUUGUUUUUUUUUUUUAAUGUUAGUGUUUUUGUAAAAAUAUCAUUCCAUAGCUAUUUUAAAUUAAUAUAAUUUAAUGGAAGCUCUAGGUAAGGAACUUUUAGAUUCAAAUUCUUUAUGGCUACAUCAUCCCAACAAAUUUUUUUCUUUUUUUUUUUUGUGAAUGGGGCAUGCAAUAGAGCUUGAACAAUUGCUAGGGCACAAUUAUGGAGUGUAAGGCUACUCAAAGCAGAAGCUUUUAAAAGCACAGAUUUUACAUAUUUGUACUAGUUUGAGAAACACUGCAAAUUGAUUAUAUCAGGAAUUUUAACGUAAGAUAAUCUUUUUGUUAAAGGGGAUCAGUGAGGUUUCGCAGAGAAACCUCACAAAAAUAUAUGUUAGCAAAUAACUGUUUUCACUGGUUCACAUGGGAACAAAAGAGAGUUUAACAAAAGCAGCUAAAACAGUCCACCAAAAUAGGACUAGUUUUACAAUUUAAAAUCUUGCCUUUCUAAAAAUAAGCUUGUGAUCCCAUGUAUAGGAAGAAGCACAAUUAGUUCUCCUGAACGUUUCAAUUGUGGUUUCGUUGUGUAUAAAUAAAUGAGUGAAUAAUUACUAAUGAGAAAACCCUGUUUUCUUCUUAACUUCGAUUAAAGAUGCCUGAGAAGUGUUGUAUUACCUUUGAGUAGCUUUACUGAGCUAUUUUUAAACUCUUAAAGGCCAUUUGCUAAGCAGCAUAAUAGCAUCUACUCAGGGCAGUUGUAUAAAUGAACUGCUGGACAGAGAAAUUGUAAACUUUAGCAGCUUGAUUUUACAUUAACCUUUGAAAUGUUAUUGUCUUAAUGGAAGAACAUUAAAAUAUUUAAUAUUUCUCAGUUAUUUACACAUCACAGGAAAUAAAAAUUAGAAAAAUAUUUUCGAUUAUGAAGUCUUAAACCAACACUAUUAAAUAAAAUCUGAAACCAGACAUCAAGUUUUAGAAGAGAAACACUUCAUUUCCUCACAUCUUAUUUCUAUCUAAAGAGUACAUCUGUUUUUUAAACUAUCAAUGAAAAAUAAAAAUAGUAUUGCUAGCCCUGAAUUAUUUAGUUAGUCCUCCUUAGAGUUAACAAAAAAUAGAACUAUUGAAAUGCUUCUUUUCACUAAAUCUGCAGUGGUCUAGGAGGAAGAUGUUUACCUAUAUCUACCAGUGUCAAAGAUAAACAUUCACUGAGCAUGGUGCCUAGGAUUUUCAGAGCUGCCUAAAGCACUAGGUCCUCCCUAAAUAACAGUUUGAGGGAAUUUGGAUUUCUAAUGCAAACCUGUUUUGGGAUGCAGCAAUUCUUGGUGCUCAUCUUCAGAUACCUUAAUGCAACCAGUUUUUCAGAGAGCAGGUGCUCAACGCUUUCUGAAAAUUUACUCCACUUAUGGUGUCUCAAGCUGGAUAUCCAAAAAAAAAGAAAAAAAAAGAAAAAAAAACCAACAAAACAAAACAAAAAAGAGGCCACUGACUGAAAGUAUCUUGGUCUUGGGUAAUCUCUUAAGCAGUUUUUGAUGUUCUCUAUCCAGUGUUGCUUCUACCACUUAAAAAUGGAGAACUCUUUUUCCUACUCUAUGCUUGCUGACUAUGAAGAUUUCAGAGGACCAACAUUUGUAUUUACGCAAAGUUUUGUAGCUUCCCAUUGUUUUCAUAUUUAAAUGAGAAUAUAGUGGUAUUUAUCCAAGUAGGACAAAACCUGUAUACUAUCAUGAAUGGUUUGGUGUAGUUAUUUUCCCAUGGACGUGAGCAAAUAAAUCUCUUUCCCAGAGUAGUUGUGGUCCUGUUUUAAAAUUCUGUGAACAAACCAGGAGCAACAUAUGGAAAGGGGCCAUAGGGUAAGAGACAAUUUAUUGGAGUUCCUUCCCAUCGAGCUCAGAGGCAAAUUUCCAUCCUUCUGAGGACAUUUGCAUCCUCUGUGGACAUUUCCUCACAUUGUACAGAUGGAGCAAUCUCAGUGCCAACCCCCCACUUUUUGUAAUCCACUAGGAAUUGGAUUUCCUUGAAACAUUCUCCCUUAUCUAUAAAUAGAGACUUACUGUAGGUUAAGCCCCCCAAACCAUGUAAUCUUUUUUUGAACAGCCUUUUUUUAAAUCAGUGUCCAUUUCACACGUUUUGUCAGGCCUUUCAGAACCUUUUCUGAACUGUUUGAAGUAACCAGUGGAAAUGGAAAGAGAAAUGUCAAAUAUACAACCAGGAUAAUGAAGGGGGUUUCAAGAGUGGACCAUGGCCACAAGGAAUACAUGUUAUUCCCCCAUCCAACCUUCAGAGAAUUGGAAAAAAGACAGACUAUUCCAUAGUUCUUUUCUGAAGCUUGGACAGGGCAGUUAUGGGAUGGGAAAAGCUGUAGAGAAUGUCCCAGUAGUUAC